AUCUUACAAGACUUAUUGAAGAUAACAUUCAGCGAAAGCCAUAUUCAGCGAAGCAUUUAAACAACCAGACAGGUGAUGGAGCUGAUAAUAAGACUGCUGGGCGGAGAUGUGAAGCGUCUGGAGGUGAGCGGUGGAGCCACAGUUUGUGAACUGAAGAAACUCAUCUCUCAGAUCAUCGGAGAACCUUCUUACAAACAGAAGCUGUCUGCCGAUAACGGUUCGCGUAUCAGCCUUGAGGAUGAGUCUCGAACCCUCAGCAGUUACGGUCUGCACUCUGGAUCAGUGGUCAGUCUGCUCAUCACCAACCCCGGACCUUUCCAAGUGUUCGUCAGGAAUGAGAAGGGCCAGACCGGGACGUAUGAAGUGGAUAUCAAUGAGACCGUAGAUCAGCUCCAGGCUAAGAUCUACCGCAAAGAGAGAGUCCCCGUGGACCAGCAGAGACUGAUUUUCAACGGAAGACAGCUGGAGUCCGGCAAAAAGUUGCAGGAAUACGACAUCAGCUCAGGAAGCAGCAUUCACAUGACUCUCCGUCUGCGAGGAGGAUGAUCGGGCGAAUGUGUGCAAAAACGACCAAAAA